CCAAACCCCAUCCUCGAUGCCGAGGUGUAGCUGAAGAAGACCAUGGCGCGUUUCCCGCUCGGCCCGGACCCCGUCCUUGCCAUUAUGUCCUCGAUGGCAAGGUGGAGUAGCUGGAGAAAACCAUGGAGUGCCGCCCGUUCGACCCGGACCCCAUCCUCACCAUGCCGUCCUCAACUGCGAGGUGUAGUAGCUGGAGGACUACAGGAAGACAUGGUCCUCGCCAUGGCGUCCUCGGUAAUCGGUAUCGUCGGUACAGGGAGACGAGGUGCAGCACCUAGGACUGGGCCCAUCCUCAUCUCCCAUCACGAGCUCGCGUCCAUGCGUGAAGGGGACAGCAGCCACGGCCACCGGACCUGCGCCGACGUCCUCGACAAGGUGGGAGAACACUGUUGUGCGACGACGCGUGCAUGGUGUUUGAGGAAAUGCCAAAUCGGCGCCCAGAAUACUUGAACGCAAAGCGAUGGUUUCUGUUACGUUUUUGAAACAUUUUACUAAUUGCUAGUACAUGUUUGGUGGUUGAUGCCGACGUAGCGAAGCUAACCCUUUGUUAAAUUAGUUGUUGUUUAAAUAAAAGAAUAAAUUCGGUGAA